AGUAUCAGUGCAAGCGCGAAGGAAUAUUAACCGUAGUAUUUAGUGGGAGAAAUAGUUACCAAUUUCUUGCAUUAAUAUUAACGCGUACUAUACUUGGAACAUUGCUAAUUGGCGGAGACAGAGUGCACAUCGAAGAAGCAACAUUUCACAGCUAUAUUAAUUUCACGAAUCGAACAAAAGAGAAACUUUUUUUUUGCGUGUCACCCUUGUGUCGUCUGCAGAAAUAUUUGUUACGUUUUUAACAAAAUGCAAAAGAAAUUUAUGUGUUAACUGUUUAGUGCCAGCAGAUCAGAGACACACGCCAAGUACAUCAAGUUGUUGUGGUGAGGGUGCUGUUGAAAGGGACAAAACAGGCGACAUCAACGCGUAUACCGUACGUAAAUACGCAACAAGCAAUUAAAAUUUAAAACAACUGCGCAACUUGGAACUUGAAAAGUGGUGCGGAGAUGCCGGAAGAGGAGCCACCACAGAAGCCCAUGGAGCAGGAGGAGGGACAGCAACAGCAGCAAUCCAACGAAGCUGCCACAGAACCACAAAAGCCUCAGCAAGAAACACAAGCUGCAGAGCCAUCCAUCGCCCCCACGCCUUGUGUCAUGGCUGAGCUUACGCCCGAAGAGAUACGGGAACGUCGUUUACGCACUUUGAGCGCGCGCAGCAAUUCUACAGUGCUGCCCCCCACAGUACAGCCAAAGAGUGUCGAGAAGUCCAGAUCACAGAGCAAUGUUAUUAGAGAGUCUCGAUUGGUGCGUGCUUGCCUGGCCAGUUCAUCGGCUCCAGAAGGCAAUAACAGCACUACCAUUAUCAGUGAGAAGACAAACACAGCGGGCUGGCCUGGGGACAUGGAUGUGGAAAUGAAAUCGGUAGCCUCUACACCCGUACAAGAUGUGGAAAUGAAGCCAACGUCUGCCAUGUCCAUAAAUAUCGAUGAGACGGUCAAAAGCGCCGGAGCAUCUGAAGAUGUAGCUUCUGCCGUUGUUUCCACUUCAUCACCGGACUCUUCGACCAAAUCCGUUGAACGCUCACCAGCUGAUGGGCCACAGAAAUCUGUGGAUGAACGCAAUGAGUUAAUGCUGUCGCGUAUUUUGAAUGCCUCCUGGAAUGAGUUCUGCAAUGGCUCCAUUAUAUGUGCACAUACUGCAAGUUUCUUGGAGCAAUAUCCAGAUAUGCGUUUCGACUUUGAGCCCAUUAUCGCAAACGUGCUGCUGGAAACGGUGCUGAAGAUUUACAACGAUGAGCUAGAGGACAGUUGCAAAAGAGAUGGCGACGAUGGCAUGGGCACAGGAACUGAGAAUACCGACGACAAGGAGUUCUCUUCUGCCAAAAAGAUCAAGAGUGACGACACCGAGGUGCAGGAGAUACUGGCAAAUGCUGUGGAGAAUAUAGUCAGUGGCGACAGUGUUGCCGACGAUACCUCGCGCUCUGUCUCUUCUGCUGGCGGAAACGACGCUUUGGCCACUGAUGCUUGUAUGGCGCCCACAGUGCUAAAUUGCACAACCACAUCUAAGCACAAAGUCAUGUAUCAUCUGAUCAAGUGUCACUCGAGCUGGCAGAAAGAAAUGAGUGGAAAUCAGAGUGAGUUGCCCGAAGAACGAGAGAAGAUUGGACAGGCGCUUAAACUGGCGCAGAAGCAUAUUAUGCGCAUGGUUGUGCUGGUGCUAACAGAUCGCAUAUACCAGCAUUUGUACGUCCAGCUGGAUCAGUCCACGCUGCUUGAACUUAUGUACUUGAAUCGUGUGAGCGAAUCGUUUUUGACAGAUCUAAUGACUCAUACAUACCAGGCACAGGAGGACUUUAACACCAUCUUCGGGCAAGUGCUACGCGGUCUUUUCACUGGAAUGCAGCGCAACAUCUGUGCAUCCAAGAUCAAUACUCAGCAAAUUGAUUGGCUCGCUAAAUUGAUUGUGAUUAGGGUGGGAAAUGCACGACCAAUUGCCGAUCUAGUUGCUAGGCAGCCAAAUUUUAUACCGCCCAUUUGUACAAAAAUACCUGGACGAGAGAUUGUGAAAUGCAGCUUUCUGGGGCCGUUUCUCUCCGUUUCAUUGUUUGCCGAGGAGAAUGUCAAAUUUGCCGAAUAUAUAACCAAGAUUAAGUUGGAGGAUGUGCCCUACGCGCGUCUUCGUUGGGAAUUACUUUCAAUGCGUCUGCAAAUGCACACAGUUUUUCAUUCGCUUUGCGUGAACAGCAGUAGCCGUCCCAAGACUCUCGAAUACAUUUCUCAUAUCUUUCGAAACAACGAGCGUCGCGUUCAGUUUGCCAGCGACGAGAAGCUUCUGGCGCGUGACGGCUUCGUAAUUAAUCUGAUGACAGUUUUGCAACAGCUAUCGGUUAAGAUUAAUCUGGAUCGCAUCGAGCCAAAUUUCCCCUAUUACAAAAACUCACUUGUGCACAUUGAGGGCGAUACAAAGAUACGUUUUAGUGAGGAGCAGUAUAAGAGUUUUGUGGAACGCGAAUUUCCUCAACCGGUUGACAAUGCCAAUUUCCAUACGCAAUGCUGGUUCUUGACACUGCAAGCACAUCACCUGGGCUAUCUGCCUGCCAUACAACGCCAUCGCCAGAAGGUGCGCGCCAUCAAGGAGCUUCAAAAGCUGAUUGAUGAAUUGGACCGAACCAAGCCACAUUGGGUGAACACACGGUAUGCCAGUAGAAACACUCAGUUCAAGGAACGCUGGGAGAAGCAGCUGCGCAAACUAAAUCGCUCUAAGACUUGCAGCGAGAUCACCUUGCUGGAUCCUGCACUGCUUCAGCAUUGCACUGAGUUCUACUCGACCGUAUGCGAGUUCAUGCUAUACCAGUUCGAGGGGCGACCCAUUGAGGGCAAGUUCAUCUCGAAGGUGCCGGUACAGAAAUUGAAGCCGACUGAUGCAUUUUCCGCCCUGCCCGAAUGGUAUAUCGAUGAUAUAGCUGAGUUCAUACUAUUUGCCAUGCAACACGCAAAUGUGGACAUUCGACAAGGCAUCGAUCAUUCGAUCAUCACAUGGUUGCUCACCUGCGUGUGUGCAUCCCAUCUCAUCAAGAAUCCCUACGUUACUGCCAAACUGGUGGAGGUCAUGUUUGUGUUCUCACUAAAGCCAACCAAUUCGGUUAACACAGCGAUGUGGAACCACGAAUUAGCGCAAAAUGCGCUGGUCUGCGCCCUCAUGAGAUUCUAUGUGGAUGUAGAGACGACUGGACAAAGCACUGAAUUUUACGAUAAGUUUACCAUAAGAUACCACAUCAGCCAUCUGUUCAAAUCCAUGUGGGAGAAUCCCAUACAUCGCCAAGCUGUGAUCCACGAGUCGCGUGUCAGCAAUCAGUUCGUCAAGUUUGUCAACAUGUUGAUGAAUGAUACAACCUUUUUGCUCGACGAAUGCCUGGAGAAUUUGAAGCGUAUACAUCAGACGCAGCAGCUGAUGUCUGACAAACAAAACUGGGGCUCAAUGACCCCGGAGCAGCAACAGACACGUCUCACCCAACUGGGCACGGAUGAGAGACAGUGCCGUUCCUAUCUGACGCUAGCGCGCGAGACGGUUGAUCUGUUUCACUAUUUGACUAGCGACAUUAAGGAGCCCUUCAUGCGAGACGAGCUUGUUGAUCGCCUUAGCUCGAUGUUGAAUUUCAAUCUAACACAACUAGCUGGACCCAAAUGCAACGAUCUUAAAGUUAAGAACCCAACCAAGUAUGGCUGGGAGCCGCGUAGCCUUCUGGCCCAGAUCUUUGACAUAUAUCUGCACCUAGACUGUGAUAGGUUCGCUCAGGCUCUGGCCGCCGACGAGCGCUCCUUUGACAUAAACAUAUGCAACGAAGCGGCCUCACGUAUCAAGCGCCUGACGCUGCGUUCUGCGGUCGAGGUUGAACGUUUCCGUGCGCUCAUCCAGCGUGCGCAUGAAAUCUAUGUUGCCAACCAACAGACUGAAGAUGAGUGUGCAGAUGCGCCCGAUGAAUUCAAAGAUCCGCUCAUGGACACACUCAUGUCCGAUCCCGUUGUGCUGCCGUCGGGCACUGUUAUGGAUCGCUCUAUAAUCACAAGGCAUUUGCUAAAUAGCUGCACCGAUCCAUUCAAUAGACAGCCACUCACCGAGGACAUGUUGGUGCCGAAUAUUGAGCUGAAAGAGCGCAUCGAUGCCUGGCGCAAGGAGCAGCGCUUCAAGCGUCAAAAGGGUCAGAAUAAUGGCUAAAAUGGCAGCCAGAGUGGAUGUUACGAGCGCUGAUAAAGUAGAUUUAAGUAUAAAAAUAUAUUUAAUAUAUAGUUGAUAUGGA